GUCACGCUGUUUGCCAGAACCCGGAUGUUCACGGCUAAUAGCGCAGCUAAAUACAAGCCAUAAAUAAAAGGAGAAGUAUCUGGUAUCUGAUGUGUAUUAGCACUCAUGAAUACCCGCCGACGCCACACUCCUAGGAGCAGUCAGGAGGGGGUUUACAUUGGGCCUUCACAGACCCAGACCCAGCUGGUCCAACCACUGGAGACCCCUCUGUCUGUACCUCUUCCCCUCGCCCCUCCCGUAGACCCCAUCAGCACGUCCUGCCGAGACCGCACAACUGAGUUUCAGUCUGUGUGCAAGUCAUUGCAAGGAAGACAGAAUGGAGCACAGGGGAUUAACCCAGUUCACAACGCUGUCAGACAAAGGAGUGACUUCACACUUAUGGCAAAGAGAAUUGGCAGGGAUCUUACCAACACUUUUGCAAAGUUGGAAAAGCUGACAGUGUUGGCCAAACGGAAAUCCCUCUUCGAUGAUAAAGCAACAGAGAUUGAUGAGUUGACGUAUAUUGUGAAACAGGAUAUUAACAGCCUAAAUAAGCAGAUAGCCCAGCUCCAGGAGGUGGUACGAUCCAGGAAUGGUCAAAACAGUAGACAUCUUCAAACUCAUUCCAAUACUAUUGUGGUAUCGCUGCAGUCAAAACUGGCAUCAAUGUCAAGUGAUUUCAAGUCAGUUCUGGAAGUAAGAACAGAGAACCUGAAGCAACAGAGAAGCAGACAAGAGCAAUUCUCUCAGUCGCCAGCCUCCGCUUCACCCCUCCACAACUCUAGCCUUAGCAAUUCACUGUUGAUGCAGGAUAGUACCAAUAAAGCCGAUAUCUCGAUAGACAUGGAUCUUCGCUCCAGCCAGCAGAUGCUUCUCCUUAAUGAGAAGGACUCUUUUAUUCAGGACCGAGCAAACACUAUGCAAAACAUAGAGACUACUAUCGUAGAGCUGGGAUCUAUUUUCCAGCAGUUGGCCCACAUGGUGAAAGAACAGGAAGAGACGGUUCACAGGAUUGAUGCCAACGUGGAAGACACUCAGCUCAAUGUGGACCUCGCACAUACGGAAAUCCUCAAGUACUUUCAGUCCGUCUCCAACAACCGCUGGUUGCUCAUCAAAAUCUUCCUCAUCCUCAUCAUUUUCUUCUUCAUCUUUGUCGUCUUCUUGGCCUGAAAUCCGUGGACAGCGUGAUUAUUCCAGAACUAAGUCACUAAGUAGAAGUAUUUCUUCAGGAGGGAACAAGUAGGGAGUUAAAAUGUAAAAUAAAGCAAGGAUCCUUCAGCUUGGGUGUGACAAGAGGCUCUUCUGUAGGGUGUCCUUAACUAAUGUGACUUUGCAGAGUCUGCACCUUUGGCUUAUGAGCAGUGUUAUUUGAUAAUUCUAAAGUAACUAGCAGAAAGUUUUUUUUUUUUUUUGUGGCCAAAUGAUUUUGGUUUUAACUGUUGAGUAAUUUUAUGCACAGUAAUAUAUUCUAAUCUCAUUCCAUUUCUUUAGAUUGGAGUACAGGGUAGCCAUACCGGUAUUGCUGUAAAUAACUUGUUUUAUUACUCCUUUAAUGAUCAUUAGGCUUUAAGCGUAUGAUGACUCUUGUGUAACUGGUGCUUGCAUUUCAGGCAUUUUAUGCACUGGGAGUCAGUAGCCAUGUUUAUGGUAAGACCAAAAGAUAUCUAGAUUUGGGCAAACUUCUGAAUAAGGCACUGUGCCAGUUGUGCCUCAUUUAAAUCUAGCUUAUUCAAAAGAACAUGUGUUCAGAUCCUGACGAUGCGACUGUGACUGCCAGGAGUCAAUAGAGCAAAGUUUGAUUGAGUAAAUGAUAUAUUUACUGUCCUAUGUGAAUCACAGCAACACUAGCCAAUCAAUCAUGGACUUCUGUCUGUAUGCAAAAUGUACGGGAUACCUUCACAUGCCUUUUUCUACUUUAUGGUUGGAAGCUGUUGUGUGAUAAGGGAGAGGGUUUGCUAGUGGGUGGGUAUUAGCAAGACCAUAUUGGGGGUACAGGCCAAAAGAAAUUAAACAUAGAAGGGAAAUGUGUGCAUUUGGCCAAAAUUGGAAAAAAUAUUGACUGUCAGUUUAGUUAAUUAAAAACUCUAAAUUAAGAAGAUUUGACAUAAUAUUUGCCUCAGGAAUAUUCAAGAAAUAAGCUCAUAUUGCAGAACAGCAUCAAAUAAAACUGUGCUGAGACCAUUUGUCUUUAUGGACUUAAUAAAGAUUGUGUUUAGCAAGAGAGACAGUAUGCUAAUUCCCAUUAUCAUGAAAGUUAUUGCAUUUAUUGAACACGGUAGUAGCCUAAAUAAAGCGCCAGCAAAAUUCACAUUCGAUUCAUAUCAUAAAAUGCAGUUUUAAGGUUUAAAAUUUGAGGAUGCAACUUAUUGUCUUAAACUGUUCAGCUAUACUGUGAACCAGGGAAUACAAAUCCAGCAGAUAAACCAGGUGGCCUGAACAGAUAGUUAGUAUUACUGUAAUCUCUUGUUUUCUAUCUGCUCUGCCAUGUUAGUCUUCAUGUGGAAAUGUCCAAUUUCUCUACAGCCAAUUUCUUCUUAACAGUUGCAGUUGAUCACUUUUCGUGAUGAGAGUGAUAAUUUCUCAUGGCUUCUUUACACUGCUUAGUAAUUUUUUGAUAGAUUCAGAAUUGAAAAAAAAAGUCUGUUUGUUCUUUAUCUGACAUUCUAACAGUAAAUUUGAUGUGAUAAUGAUAAAUAUCUUAAAUUAUUUAUGUGAAAAUAAACUUACUGUUGGUCAUUGCCUUUUACGUGACUGGACAUAUGAAAUCUAAAUGUAAGAAUAACUCAUUAAAAAAAGUCAUA